GGAGGAGGACAAUCGCCUUUCAUGCUCGCGACGUAAGAUUUUUCACCCGGCCGAUGCUCGCGUGCGGGGUUUUGUUCUAUUUCAUUAAUAUUAGCUAGGUCAGAAUCACUCAGAAUCAGUUGCAUUGAAAUCAAGUCCAGGGUUCAUCAACUCUUUUGCACUUGACCGUUUUGGAGUCGACUCAUCUUUUUUAUGCCUGAUCUGUUCGGAUUCAGAGUGGGUGUUGUCACAGCACAAUAUGAUCGAGAGACCCGACUCAGCUAUUUCCAGCGUUGCACAGAGGAAUCUGGAGGGUUAUGUCGGAUUCGCCAACCUUCCCAACCAGGUGUAUAGGAAGUCCGUGAAGAGGGGGUUCGAGUUUACGCUCAUGGUUGUUGGUGAAUCUGGACUGGGCAAAUCCACACUUAUCAAUUCCCUAUUUCUGACUGACCUGUACUCCAAAGACUAUCCCGGCCCAUCUCAGAGGAUUAAGAAGACUGUUCAGGUGGAACAGUCCAAAGUACUGAUAAAGGAGGGGGGUGUUCAGCUCACGCUCACCAUCGUAGACACACCAGGCUUUGGAGAUGCGGUGGAUAACAGCAACUGUUGGCAGCCCGUCAUCAACUACAUCGACAGUAAGUUUGAAGAUUUCCUGAAUGCAGAAUCCCGUGUAAACAGAAGGCAAAUGCCAGACAACAGAGUUCACUGCUGCUUGUACUUCAUUGCCCCCUCUGGCCAUGGACUGAAGCCUCUGGAUAUCGAGUUCAUGAAGCGUCUACACGACAAAGUCAACGUCAUCCCCCUCAUCGCCAAAGCAGACACGCUCACACCAGAGGAGUGCCAACUUUUCAAGAAGCAGAUUAUGAAGGAGAUCCAGGAGCACAAAAUCAAGAUCUAUGAGUUUCCAGACACAGAAGACGAUGAGGACAGCAAACUUAUUCACAAAAUAAAGGAGAAGAUGCCUCUGGCUGUGGUCGGUAGCAACGUGGUGAUCGAAGUUAACGGCAGGAAGGUCAGAGGGCGCCAAUACCCCUGGGGCGUGGCAGAAGUGGAGAAUGGUGAACACUGUGACUUCACAGUCCUGAGGAAUAUGCUCAUCAGGACUCACAUGCAGGAUCUGAAGGACGUGACUAAUAACGUUCACUAUGAAAACUACCGCAGCAAGAAACUUGCAGCCGUCACCUGCAACGGGGUCGAUGCCACCAAGAACAAGGGCCAGCUGACAAAGAGUCCACUGGCUCAGAUGGAGGAGGAGAGGAGGGAGCAUGUGAUGAAGAUGAAGAAGAUGGAGACUGAGAUGGAGCAGGUCUUUGAAAUGAAGGUCAAAGAGAAGAAGCAAAAACUGAAGGACUCUGAAGCAGAGUUGGAGCGACGUCAUGAACAGAUGAAGAAGAAUCUAGAAGCCCAGUAUAAAGAGCUAGAUGAGAAGAGACGCCAGUUUGAAGAGGAAAAAGCCAACUGGGAGACCCAGCAACGCAUCCUGGAGCAGCAGAAACUGGAUGCGUCAAAGACAAUGGAAAAGAACAAGAAAAAAGGAAAAAUCUUUUAAAGAAGCCAAGACACUCUGUUCCUUUUAUUAACACCAGAAACUCCUUUUUGCAUCAGAGACGCUCACAUGUUCUAUGACCUCGCGAGAAACAAAUGCACACACAUUAUGGCACACGCUUUAAACAUUCCAUUGCAACAUUCCAAACACAUAAAGCAUGCGUAAUGUAUAACUUUUUGUACACUCCAUUAGUUUCCGCUGCCUCGCUUCAUAAACCUUGGUUUGUCGAAGACCACACAAAACUGUAGUGCCCUCCUCUGGUUUGACUGCAGUAUUGACUGUAGUGUGAAUACAGAGCCCAUGUUCUUAAGCUGCUGAUUACGAGGAGGGUAUUUACAAAGUUUCCUUUGAGCUUUAGAUGGGGUUAAUUCCAAGAAAGUUUGACAGAUCGAGUUUUCUGUUGCUUGUUCUGAGGUUUGUUGCACACGUACAUUUUCAACUCUGUUGACCACAUUCACACACACACACACACACACCUCAAUCUUUUAAGAGGGUCACAUGUAAGUUUUGUAAAAGUGUGAGAGAAGUUGAAUGUAUGGAUGAUUUAUGGUCUGUGAUACUGUAUGCUUGAGAAGGAUUCUAGAAGUUUCUGAGGGUGUCUGAGUGUGUGUGCUAUAAUGUUAUGUGUUUUGUGGGGGUCAUAGACAUUGAAGAUCCGUUUUAACAUUAUUGCACAGCUAAAUUAUAAUUUUUUCCCCAUGUUUUUAAACCCAUUUGCUGGCUGUGUACAUAGAUAAUUGUGUCCCUACCAUAGGUGGUGUUAUACAAAAUGGCAUAGGUGUCAACAUUAAUAACAAUAAUCUUUUUAUAUAUAUAUAUAUAUAUAUGGAUGGUUAUAAAAUAAUUUCAAUAAUAUUGUGGAAUGUUCUUAUACAAGUUGCUGGAACAUUCUGCCUUAAAAAAUUGCAGCCUGUUUCGGCAAUUCUGUCUGCUCAUGUUUUUGUUUUGUUUUUUUAUUCCUGGUGUGUUUGUUUUUAUUAUUAUUAUUAUUAUUAUUGUGAAGAGAUUGUCAAAAAUGUCCAUUUCCAAGCUGAUCUGAAACCAGUUUUGGUUUGUUUCAUAUAAUGGUUGGGACUUAGACUUCUACCAGUAUAGCAGGUUGUAGAUCAGAGGGAUAUUUCACCCAAAAAUUUCACCCAAACUCACUCUUAUGUUGUUCCAAACCUGUUUGACUUUCUUCCGUGGAACAAAAAAUGAAAUUUUGGGUUGAAUGACAGCCUCAUUCACUUUUCAUAGCAUCCUUUUUCCAUACAGUGGAAGUCAACAGAUUUGCAACAGCAUGAGGUUGAGUACAUGAUGAAAGAGUUUUUAUUUUUGGGUGAAGUAUUCCUUUAACUUAAAUGAGUUUUGUAAUCUACACCGAUAUUAUUUUAGAGAUGUUAUUUUUUCCACAUCUACCCAGACAUCAAGACAGCCUGAACUUGGACCCUUUUUAAUAAACUCACUCUAUAUUCCAUACAUGUUCAUGAGAAUCUAAGUCUCUUUGUUUUCGUAGGAUAGUUAGAUUGAUAGAAUGCAGGCUUUGGGUCUAUUAUAUGCCAAACAGUGAAGUCAAGUUUGCGAUUUGAUGCCAAGCAAGCGUCACAUUCUCACUAGCUUGCAUCUAUUAGCAACGGACCAGCCAGUGCACAAAACACUCAACCUACCCAUUGCAAACGGCAGCCAAGAGUCUUUCUAUGCCUCAUACUACAUUUAUUUUGCAAGUUUGUCAUUAUGCAAGUUAAAACACUCAGUUCUUCCUGUUGUAGAUUGCUAAGCCACACAGAUGCUCUGAACUCUUUGUAUAAUUUGAGAUUUUUAGUUUGAAACCGUAUUCAGAGAGGGAACAGAAAGAAUCCAUACAUUUUUUUUUAACCACUCUACGCCUCUUUUUAACAGUAGACUUGAACAUGGCUCUCUAGAUGUUUUUAUUUUUUUUUUAUUUUUUUUUUUUUAUUAUUAUUAUUUGUAUAUGUAUACGGUUUUCAAUUUUCAGUUGUUUUUUCUUUAUGAUAUCGAUGUCUGUUAUUCUUUCAGCCUAACUGUUCAUUAUUAAACAUGAGAUGUUAUGCUAAAUCCAAAGUCAUGUGGUCUUUCCCUUUCAGUAUUUAUGCUAAGAUGCACACAUUCAAGACACCGCAUAAUUUCCAUGCAUUUUAAUAAUCAUUAGCAUUCUCUUACAAUUCAGCACAGAUUUAGUACAAAAGGAAAGUUUUAAAACUUAAAAGAUUGUGUUUAACAAUGUAUUGCAAUGUUUUUGUGAAAACUAUCAAAAAUACAUUUCAUAAGAAUGAACAGCUGUAUUAAGCGUUGAAUGGCAUGAUUCAGGUGUUGCAUUUUCAAUGGCAGGAGCUCUCACUAAAUUAUCUUCUUUAGCCAAGGCGCAUCUGGUUGCACACAAAAUUCACCCCUCUGUGUUGAAACC